AUGAAUGUAUCAUUUUGUUUGCAGAAAAAUAGAGAAAAUAACCGGAAGACAAAAGUCAAAAGCAAGAAGCCGAAGUUUCGAAAAACUCUGGAAGAAGCAUUGCUUCUGUACUUUCAAAAGGGUAUCAGAAAAUCUUCAUUUUCCUGUAUGUCGACUGGGCACUCCGGAAAAAUGCAACUGAGAAUGAGAAUGGAAAAAGUUCUGGAACAUUACUUCGAAACAACAAUCAACAUCAUCUUCUGCUCAUCGUCAUCGACUGAGGCAAAAAUGGUCAAAACGAGAAGCUCCGAUGCCGUUUCAGCCACAGCUGCUAGCUUCCAGAUUCGAAACAAUAUAUGCCAAUUAUUGCUUUCGCGGCAAGCCAAUGGUAGGAGAUUUGCUCGCGAUAGGGCGAAUAUUGGUCGUUUGCGGUGGCGCGUUCGCGAUUGGUCUGUAAAUGGCCUGCGGCAGGCAUGUUCCGAUGUACCCAUGGCGACUUUCCGCGAACAAUUUUUCACCUAUUAUAGACGCUGCGCGAAUCACCUGUGUCUGUGGAACAGACAUGAGCGGAAUUCCUUAUUCCUUAUUCCUUCUUCCGGAUUUUAA